AUGAGUAACAACACUGAAGUUGAACAAUACGCACAACAAUCGCUAACUCUUCCUGAUGGCUUCGAAGAUCCAUUACAUCCAUUUCAUGAUGUUUAUAUUUAUUUAAAAAAAAAUGAAGAAUGUAGAAAUGCUUGUUCUCAACAAUGUCUUAUUUUACCACAAACUCAAACUGAACCACAUUUACCAAUAAACAGAAUUCCUGAUCCUGGAGUAAAUUUCAGAAUUGUUCCUGAGUUUCUCUUUCUUUAUAAAGAUAGGUUCACGUCUCAUCGUAAUGAAAUUCAGUCAAUCAUUUCAGGACUACCACCUUCAAGUUAUCCAUUUCCAUCAUUUGAUGAAUACAAUAAACUAAUCAAACAAUCUCCGAAAAUAGAAUAUCUUGCAUCCUUUCAGAAUACACAAAUUAUUGAAUUACUUAAUUAUUCAAGAAAUAUUUGUAAAUCAAAAACGUCUUACCCUCAUGUAUUCUUAGAAUGGUUAUAUGCCCUUUUACUAUUUCUUCAAUCUCCUUUUGAACCAGAAGUUUCUGCUACUUUAAAUAAUAUUUUAAAAUAUCUUUGCCGUGCAAAACAUGCAAUUCUAGAUCCACAUGAUAGUAUAUUACCAUCAUAUAAUGUUAUUAUUGCUAUUCUCGGAAUAUAUUAUGGGGAAGCAUCAGAAGAUGAUAUUCUUUAA